CAUAAUGUCAAAUAUAAGCAAAUCUGAAAUUAAUAAAGUAAGAAAUUCUGAAUGUUUUCUAAAUCGUGUGUAAUUUUUCAUAUCAUCCUACAAAUAAUAUGCGAACCCGACCAGCGGGUCAUAACUACGUUGAAAUAUUCAAAUUACUACGUCCAGCCGACGAUAGUGAAUGGAGAGCCGGCGAUUAGCGGACAAAUACCAUAUUUAGUUUCAAUAAAAGAGCCUGUAAAGAGAAUCGGCAGGGAUAGAACGAUUUGGAAGAAUUUAUGCGGAGGCAGCAUUAUAGGGAAGACGAAAGUAUUAACAGCCGCUCACUGUUUCGAAGGAAGGAAGUUUUUUUACGCGAGAAAUUCAUUUUACCUGCGGAUUGUGGCGGGGAACCUCCGAAACGAUGUGACACAUUCAGGAAAAACGGAGACGAACGUUAUCAAUCAGUGGAGGAACAUAUCUAAAGUGGUCAUCCACAAACAUUUCCACUUCCCCAAUAACGACUUGGCUCUCGUUUUCGUGAGUGAAAAGUUUAAAUUUAGGAGCAACGUGGAUUAUAUUGUUACAGCGUCCAAAAACUUGGAUUACACAAGGAGCUGUAUAGCAGCCGGGUAUGGUAGAACAGGCUUCACUUGGAAAGAUCCCAUCUCCCCAGUACUACUCAUAGCGAGGAUAGACACGAUGCCCAAAUGGAGAUGUUCCAGGGUAUGGGAAAUGAAUAUGAACACGUUCGUAUGUUCAGCAUCCGCGUUCUCUGAUGUAUCUAGAGGAGAUUCCGGAGGGCCUUUAGCCUGUAAAGGAACACCAGAUCCAAAAGAGGAGUCGAAUCGUGACCUGUUAGUGGGGGUGGUUAGCGGGAAGAAUUUUGACAAAACUACCCUCUACACACGAGUAUCAGCUUAUCACGAUUGGAUAGCCAGCGAUAGAGCGCACACGUUGCUGAAUAACCUCGAUUUUAUAAUUAUAUUAACCCUUUUGAUAUAUGCUAUGCACUGGGCGGUUCGUGGGGCGGGCCCGUACGCCCAAAUAAAAGCUCUGCUACGGGCUUCGUAG